AUAGAACGUGCUUGUAGUCCAAUGUUAAGUCAACCAAACAUGUCCCUCAAUUUAGAAAUCGCUGAUAUGGUGAAUUUAAAGAAAGCUAAUACACCUAGAGAAGCUGCAAUCACGGUUUUACAACAUGUUAAUCGUCGGAAUACGCAUGUUUCAAUGUUGGCUUUACACUUAUUAGAUAUCUUAGUAAAAAAUUGUGGAUAUCCAUUCCAUUUACAAAUCUCAACCAAAGAAUUCUUAAAUGAAUUAGUCAGAAGGUUUCCCGAAAAACCUCCCAUCUUUCCACCUCCACCUAUGCAAAAGAUUUUAGAAUUGAUACAUGAAUGGAAAGUGACGAUUUGUGUGACAAGUAAACAUAAAGAAGAUUUAGUUCAUAUUCGAGAUAUGCAUAGGUUACUGACGUAUAAAGGUUAUAGGUUUCCAGAUUUGGAUAGACGAGCAGCACAAGUUUUAAACGAAUCAGAUAGACUUAAAUCAGCAGAAGAACUAGAGGAAGAAGAUCGCGCUGCUCAAUCAGCGAAACUCCAAGAAUUGAUUCGGAGAGGUACACCAAAAGAUUUAGCAGCAGCACAGGAAUUAAUGAAAAUCAUGUCAGGAGCAGAACCAGAUAAACAACCAGAUUAUGAAGCUCAAAUGCAGAAAGAAUUAGAUCGAGUUCAAUCUCGGAUUCUAUUACUUAAUGAACUUUUAAAUAAUGCUCAACCAGGUGAAAGAUUUGUAGAUGGUGAUGCAUUUGAUCAAAUUUCACAAAAAUGUAAACAAGUUCAACCUAAAUUACAAAAAUGGAUCAAUGAAGCAGCUGAAAACCGACCUGAAAUGAUGGACCGAUUACUUUUGAUCAACGAUUUGACUAAUAAUGUACUUGAUCGAUAUACAUCGUUUAAGGCAGGUGAUUUUACUGCAACAGCUGAAAUCAAUCCAGCAUUUGCUGGUAAAGAUACAGCAACUGCUAAAUCUCAAGCAAAAGAAGUCAGCUUAAUUGAUUUUGAUGAACCAGAUCCGACCCCAACAAGUGCUACUCCUGGUCACGAUCCUAAUGGAUUAGAUGGUCUGUUCGGUUCGAUCUCAAUCUCGACUCCUAAUCCAACCCCAAUUGCCGGUUCAUCAUCAUCAUCAUCCACAACGACAACAACAAUGAACCCUCCCAAUCUCUUUUACGAUCCGAAUCCGUCUUUUAACACUUCUUCAAAUCAUUCAUCUACCACUCAAAACUCAUUGAUCAAUCCUUCUUCAAACCUUGCGAUGAUGUCUGGUUCUUGGGGAUCUAAUCAAGUUUCAUCUGAUACACUACGGUCUACUGGAUCAUCAGCUGGACCGAUUACAUUAGGAAACAAUCAAUCAACUAGUUUUGCUAGUCCUAAUACAUCAGUACCUUCCUCUAAGAAUGGAAAUAAUAAUGAUAAUAAUAAAAAAGAUCCAUUUGCAGAUUUAGCUGGAUUGUUUUGAUUAGGAUUGAUGGAUUCGAUUGAUUGAUUGAUGAGUGAGGAAAGAGUAUGAAAUCAUAGAAUUGUAUUGAACCUUUUAAAUUAAUCAUCAAAACAUCAUCUUUUCUUUCUAGUUUAUGAUUUUUGAUUCUGUUUGUUUGAUUGUGUGAUCUUUAUUUUUAUCAUUUUGGGCUGGUGGGGGUUGAAAAGUGUGUUGUUUUGAAUUAAUGAAGAAUGAUUUUUUUUGAUAC